UUUAGCCACAUCUCUUAUUGUUUCCUUCGGAACGUGUCUGUCCACUCCCCCCGAAUUUCCCUUCUAUCUCUCUCUUACUAGCUGUGAGGAAAAAUAUUAACAUCAUCUGCUUCAUUGCUUGUUUACUCCCCAAUUGUCUCAUCCUCCAUUCAAAUUUAUCUGUCUCUGUAAUUCACCAACACUCCUCAUCCAUGGCUCCAGCUGCAGAAGUUUCAACGAACCAACAGUAUCAAGGAGAUGAAACUAGAAAUGGGCAGGAAAUCGGCAAUAAUGUUAAUGCGUCAUACAAAGUAACCGUGGUUGGUAGUGGUAAUUGGGGAAGUGUUGCUGCUAAACUCAUUGCUUCUAAUACUCUUAAGCUUAACUCCUUUCAUGAUGAAGUGAAGAUGUGGGUGUAUGAGGAGACCUUACCCAACGGUGAUAAACUAACUGAUGUCAUAAACCAGACAAACGAGAAUGUUAAGUAUCUACCUGGGAUAAAACUAGGGAAAAAUGUUGUUGCUGAUCCGGACAUUGCAAAUGCUGUUAAGGAUGCAAACAUGCUAGUUUUUGUGACUCCACAUCAAUUCAUGGAAGGUAUAUGCAAGAGACUUGAGGGGAAAAUAAAGGAAGAGGGUGUUCAGGCUAUAUCACUUAUCAAAGGUAUGGAAGUCAAAAAGGAAGGACCAUGCAUGAUUUCUAGCCUCAUCUCUGAAAAGCUUGGAGUGGACUGUUGUGUUCUCAUGGGAGCAAACAUCGCCAAUGAGAUUGCUGUGGAGAAGUUCAGUGAAGCAACAGUUGGAUACAGAGAGGAUAAAGAGGUUGCGGAGAUAUGGGUUAAGCUAUUUGGGACUCCCUAUUUCCAAGUAUCUGCUGUUCAAGAUGUGGAGGGUGUCGAACUAUGUGGAACACUGAAAAACGUAGUGGCCAUUGGAGCAGGUCUUGUCGAUGGCCUGGAUAUGGGGAAUAACACGAAGGCAGCUAUUAUGAGAAUUGGUCUUAGAGAGAUGAAAGCUUUCUCUAAGCUCAUGUUCCCUUCUGUUAAGGACAGCACCUUCUUCGAAAGCUGUGGGAUAGCAGAUGUCAUCACUACAUGCUUGGGAGGAAGAAACAGGAGGGUUUCGGAAGCUUUUGCUAGGAAUGGUGGAAAAAGGUCUUUUGAUGAGCUUGAAGCGGAGUUGUUGCAGGGCCAGAAACUACAGGGUGUAUCAACUGCCAGAGAAGUGUACGAGGUUCUAAGCCACCGUGGAUGGCAAGAACUAUUCCCACUGUUCACUACAGUGCAUAAGAUCUGCAUAGGUCUCCUUCCCCCAUCUGCCAUUGUCGAACAUAGUGAGCAUACUCCAAAUUUCUUACUGGUUGAAGGCUCUGCAGAGUACUACUGACCCUUUCUCAAGCAUCAACUGAAACUCCAACCAAAUGGAAGACUGUCAAGCUACAAAACUUUCAGCGGACAGAAGUCUAGAUGGGUUUUUGUUGACACGCGACACAAAGUGCAACACAAGUGGGUUGAUAUGGGGAAACUUUUCAUGCUCUUAGAUGUACUGGCCUAGUGAGUAGUGACCCUUUUGUAAGGUUUCUUUUGCUGGAAGAAUCAUAGCCUUUUCUUCAUAUUUACUUGUUCUUAAAGACUAAAUUAUGACAGUCUAAUAGCCCUAAUAAUAUCUCCUAUUC